AUGGUGUUGGGGUUGAUGAUGGAUGGUGUUUGGGUGGUGUUGGUGCUGCAUGGUGUUGGGGUUGAUGAUGGAUGGUGUUUGGGUGGUGUUGGUGCUGCAUGUCCUGUUUUUCGCAGUGUGACAGCGCCCUCUUGUGGUCGUCCUCUGCAGCUUCAGAAGCAGUGGAGGCCCAAGGCUGAGCUGAUGCUUCCUGUCGGUUAG